AUGGACGCCAAGACAGCAGAGUAUUGCUACUUUGAUGUCGAUAUCAAUAACUUUCGCAAGAAGCUGGGUACAGCUGCUGCUUUUGUCGAUGCAACCAAUUCGAGGUACGGCUUGUCAUCCAAGAAUCUUUUGUCACUUGGAGGCUCGGAAAUCGCUCGUCUCGAGGAGAUGAUUUCUGGUGACCAUGAAUGGAGUUCGAAAAAUACUGAAGUUGGAGGUAUUGAAACGAGGCCACCAACAUCGGGCCAAAGAAUUGUUGUCAAGCUGCAUUGGACAGUUGCACCGAUCGCCUGCGAAAACUUUGCUACACUUUGCAACAAUGGUUCCGACAAGCAAAAGAUACCCAUUGGAGACUGUGGGAAGCCGCUUACGUAUCGUGGCUCACCUAUUCAUCGGGUGGAAAAGAAUUUCAUCUGUCAAGGAGGUGACUUCGUAAAAGGAAAUGGAAGCGGUGGAGAGUGCAUUUUUGGGAAGCGUUCUUUCAAAGAUGAACGUCCAGGUCUACUCAAGAAGCAUGACCGACGAGGGAUUCUUGCGAUGGGAAAUAGUGGAAAGAACUCUAACACAUCACAGUUCUACUUUACAUUUGCAGCCGCGCCACAAUGCGACGGGAAGCAUGUGAUAUUCGGUGAGCUGGUUAGUGGAAUGGAAGUAUUGGAUGCAAUCGAAGAGCACGGUACUUCCAGUGGCGAACCAGACGUGCCGAUGCAAGUAACCGACUGUGGAAUCUAUCGCCCAUUUGAAGAUCCUGGCGCUGGUUACUGGUACGACCAGCCUGAUUUUGAAAAAUACUCUGGUGUCUCACCUCAAUUCAUUGUCAGACCGCGAGUUGUCUGUCUUGCACCGAACAAGGGUGCAUUGGAAAAGUUUAAGAGUGCUGUGGGGACGGCUUGCCAAGUUGUUGAAAGUGUGGAACUGAAGGAAGAAGAUAUGGCUGAUCAGGUUUCACUGAUACAUGCUUUGAUGGAAAGCUUCUCUGUUGAUGUAAUGUUAAUCGCCCCAGCGUGCAAAAACAUCAAAGAAUCCAUUCGACUGCCGACAAUAUGGCAGGCCCAAGGCAUUGACGUUGCCCAUGUCGCAUUGAUCGCGAAGCCAAUUGAUGCUCAAGAUGCGAUCCACCAACACUCAUGGAUAUCAAAGCAAUCAAAGUGGCAGCUUGAUGGAUCUCUAUAG